UUACACUCAUUUACAUAUUUAUGUAUCACACGUACAUUACAAUAAAUGCACAUUAAUUACUUCAUCGUAUCCAUAUUUCCUUCCACUUAUCGCUACACCCGACAUUAAUUGACCAUAAUUAAUUCCUCCAGCCAACUAUUAACUGCUGGUGUAAAAAGUUCAGUGCAAAAAAAGUGGAGGAAAAAAGUGUCACAAUAUUUUUUUGACGUCAAGAAAUCCACUAAAAUUGAGUAAUUAACCGAUUUUUACACCAUUUUUUUGACAUUACAAGAUUCACAAAUUAGCAGUAAAAACACGUAAACGAGUUUUAAAUAAGUUUCCAUUUUCUUAACGUCUCGAGAACAAUUCUGCACUGGGAAUUAAGGCUUUUCGUGGGUGCGGUGGACUUGGAUGGAUUUUUCAUACCCGGAUGUGAAAUUAUAAAAAUUUCUCCGACCCACAAUACCUUUUGUGUUUUACUGUUUGUAAAUAAAUCCUGAGUGAAUUAGCAUAAAAUACAGAAUGAGAUACAGAAUGAGGCUGUCAUUGUCCUGAGUUCGUUGGAUGACGCGUAAAUAAGGAUAAACUCACAUUACGCAACUCUAUUUUUUAAGCCACAAAGUCCAAAUUUUUGUCAGUGUACAAAAAAAUUCACACAAUUUGGAUAAAUGCAGAAUACAAAUGAGAAAUCGAAAAUGUCUCUGUUGAAGAAGAUGAAGGAGGCGUUUGGUCGUCGUUCUGGGGAGGAGAUCAACAUCGGGGCGCCCACGAACGUCAAGCAGAACGUCCACGUCGAGGUCGACUCCAAAACGGGAGAGUACAUCGGACUCCCGGAACCAUGGAUGCGCCUCCUCAACAAAGAACUCGGUGCGGACGACGUGAAGAAGAACCCGAUCGUGGCGGUGCAGGCGUUGAAGGCGUUUCACUACAUCCAGCAGCAGCAGCACUUCAAGGCCCCGAUGACCAAGGACCAGAUCGAGGCCGAGUCCAACGCCAUCCAACAUGCACUAGAUGAUAAAACCAUUCCGGACACGAUUCCUCCUCUUCCUCCGAAAACCACGGAGCAUAUUAAACACGGAGCAAAUCAACAGCCAAUCCCAGUUUCCGAACGUGCCGGGGAACCCAAGACGAAGGAACAAGUGAAAGUGGACACUACGACGACGGUCCUCCGCAAACGGGAAAACGAACCCGGCUCCCGACUCUCCGAUGAAGCUGUCAUGUUCGAAAUGAGAAAAAUUUGCAAUCCAGCCAACCCUCGGGAACGGUUCAAAAAAAGCAAAGAAGUCGGAUCGGGCGCUUCUGGGACGGUGUACACGGCGCUGGACGAGUUGACGGGAGACCGCGUGGCGAUCAAGGAGAUCGACCUGUCCCGCCAGCCGAAGAAGGAGCUCAUCCUCAACGAGAUCAAGGUCAUGAAGGAUUUCAACCACAGAAACCUCGUCAACUUCCUCGACUCCUACGUCGUCGAUGACCACUUAUGGGUGAUAAUGGAGCUUUUGCACGGGGGUCCGUUGACGGACGUGGUGACGGAGACGAUCAUGAAGGAGGAGCAGAUCGCCGCCGUCUGCAAAGAAAUCCUCCAAGCCAUCGACUUCCUCCACUCAAAAGGAAUAAUUCACCGUGACAUAAAAUCGGACAAUGUCCUCCUUGGUCUGGACGGUUCGGUGAAAGUGACGGAUUUCGGAUUCUGUGCCUCCGUCCAGGGCGACGAAAAGCGGUCAACCAUGGUCGGAACGCCGUACUGGAUGGCCCCCGAGGUCGUAACUCGUAAACAAUACGGCGCCAAAGUGGACGUCUGGUCGUUGGGCAUCAUGGCGAUCGAGAUGAUUGACGGGGAGCCGCCUUACUUACAGGAGACCCCGCUUCGCGCCCUUUACCUAAUCGCGACUACGGGGCGACCCGAGAUCCCGUCCUUGUCCAAACUUACCCCCGACUUCCAAGACUUUCUCGACAAAUGUCUCCAGGUCAAUGUGGACACGCGCUGGGCAGCUGGAGACCUGCUGCGCCAUCCGUUCCUCCACAAGUGCGCGCCACUCGCCACGCUCGCGCCCCUUAUUAAAGAGGCGCAGAAAAUUCUGAGAAAGGAAAUUUAAAAAAUAAAACAGCGGGAAAAUUAUUUCACUACUUAAUUUGCAUGAUUUAUUUAAGUUAUUUUUAAAAAAUCAGUAUUUAUCAGCAUCACUGAAUUUUGGGGGGGGGGGCAUUUUUAGUUGGUUACGCGUUACGGACGAAGUAAAAUUUAAAAAUUAAAAUACCGGGAAAUUAUUUCCUUUACUUAAUCUUCCCGAUUUAUUUGAUUUGUAAUUAUUUAUCGUAAAAAUCAGUAUUUAUCAGCAUCACUGAAUUAAUUUUUUUGGGGGGUGGGGGCAUUUUUAGUUCGUAACGCGUUACGGAUGAGAGGAAAUAAAACAGCGGGAAAAUUAUUUUCAAAUUUUUUCCACGACUUAAUUUUCAAAUUUGUAAUUAUGUAGUUAUGUUUUACAAAAAUCAGUAUUUAUCAACAUCACUGGAUUUUUUGGGGGUAUUUUAAUUUCAUGAUAUGUAACCCGUUACGGACUAUUAUUCCAUGUUAUUACUUUUAACAUUGAGGGAUAAGCCGAUGUAAUGUGUCACGUGAUUUAAGAAUGAAUAAAAUAAAUUUAAUGCAUAAUUUUAAUUCACAAUAAGCUACUAUUUGCUCAAAAAUUGUAAUAAUCUUGUACUUCCUACAUAUGUAUCUGGAAAUUGUGGAAAUUUAAUAAAAAGACGUAUUUAUUUCACGUGUU